AUGGCCGCUACCCAACCAGAGCAGCAAGAUCAGCAGUCUGCUGGCUUGCUUUUGAACCUAAACUCAAACAACCCCUUCCGCAACCGCGCCGCAUCGCCCGCUCUUCCAAGCCCGGUCUCUCCCUUCGCCGACCCGCCUCCCCGACCCGUUUCGCGCAACCCGUUUCUUGACCCUGCCAUCGCCAACAGGUCGAGUUUGUCGAAUAUCCGAUCCGCCUCCGAAACCAUGUCGCUUGAGAAGAGGCCAUCGCUCACGGCUGAGGACAUAUUUGGUUCUCUGACGCUCGAGGAUUCGAAGACGUUUUCAGAUACGCCGCCGAAGCCAGAUGCGGCGAAGGCACCACCGACAGGGCGCAGUGCCCCACCGCCUCCUGGGCGUGAGAAUAUGCCGCCCCCCGGCCGCAGAGGCCCGCCGCCAAAUCACCGGCCGACUCGCUCGCAGGAGGAGGCCCUCCGCGCCCGGAGAAUGCAAGGGAACAGCGACAUCUCGGGUCCCUUAGGUCCCCCCCGUUCUCCUCAGAGACGCCAGGAGAGACGCCCGCGCAGGAACUCGGAAUCCUCCAUCAUGGACUCGGAAAGGAUUAUGACCGAAGAGGAGAGAAAGCAGCGCGAUUUGAGGCGACGUGAGCGCGAGCGUCGUCACCGUGAGAAGGGGAAACCCAGCCGUCGGCUUGACAUCAUUGACCAGCUUGAUGCGACGAGCAUCUAUGGGACAGGAAUUUUCCAUCACGACGGGCCCUUUGACGCGCUUAAUCCCCACCGAAACAGACAAGGUAGCAGGCGUGCUCCUAUGCAGGCCUUCCCAGAGGGCUCGCUGAACAACACGCUGGGUGGGUCAGGGCCGCUCAACACCCGUCCCGAUCAUGCAACCUUCUUAGGACAAGGAGAAGACGAGGCCUUCAAGGAGUGGUCUAAGGUUGCCAAGGGGAAGAAGGAAAUGCCAGUGUUUGAUCCCCUUAGUCGUGGCGAAACGCUGCACGGCGACCAGUCACUUGGUCUGGGCACGUCCACAUUUCUGGAAGGGACACCAGCACCACGGGCGGCGAUCCAGAAGCGUGAGGAAGAGCGGGCCGCCGAGGUCAUGAGUGAGGGUCUCCAACGCAAGAAGUCGCUCGCCCAGCGCAUUCGCAACAUGAACCGCGGACAGCGCGAGUUCCAGCCAUCGGGUAGAUUGACCAACCCUGAGAUAGGUUUCGGAUCCCGAAGGUCGCCUUCGGAGAGUGGGCCGGCCUCGGCUACCGCGUCCUCUGCGAACCCGGAACGCAACCCCUUCUUCAGCGAAUUUGCCUCGGAUAAGGGGGGCGAAGAGGGCUUCACAGUACGCAAGAUGGAUUCGAAUGGGGACAAGGCGACACCUACGAGCCCUCGCGGCGGAUUCGGCCUGGAGCGCAGGUCGACAGCGGAUGGGACGCCGAGCGACGGUACGCAGCCCAAGCCCACCGGUAUUCUGGGCCGUAUGAAGAGUUUGAAAGGUGGACGGCGUCAGCGAUCGGGGCCUUCGGGUGGCGGUGACACAAAUGCCGCCGCAGCCCCUGGAACAGCGGUUUAG